AUGCUAAUUCUUGGAUUUUUAUACUUGCCGGGAUUCAGACGCGGAUUAGCCGGCCACCUACGAAGUUCAGAAUCAACCGGUAUCACGCACAGGUACCUUUGUACCCCUACGGCGGAGUCUGCUACCACCAGUACAGACAGCAACGCAGUCUCGGUGGAAUGCGUGAUGGACCGACGCAAUCACACAGAGUGGAAUCGAAUGGAACGGCACAAAAACCUGGAUGCGGGCGGGCUUGGGAAGCAUGAUACGAGAGGCAGCAGGACCGUCGUCCGCGCUGUCUUGCUCGCCCGCGCAGCCCCCCUGAACAGGCCUAGCGUCAUCACGUGUUUUCGUGGCAACCUGGCGGUGACUCGGACACUGGGAGGGUCGCAGGAGUGCGCGCCCCGUCGCGUCUUCCGAGCGUCGGCUGCGAGACCAUCGCCGCUGGCCACGGCCACUGGUCGACGUCUGCGACCAUAG